AUGCCUGUCAAGGAGAUCCUCAUCCUCCGGCACGGUCAUCGUUUAGCGUGGACCUUCAACCCCCAGACCCAAACUUAUACCUCUACCCAUCCGUUCCCUACGGAUCUCCCGGCCGAUCCACCACUGGCUUCACAUGGCGUACGCCAAAGUCACGAAACUGCUGCCCAUCUCUCUAAACUGCUACUGCCUCAAGUUAAGGAAGACCGGCUCGUGAUCUACUGCUCGCUGUUCUACCGAUGUCCGGAAACACUACAGCCUAGCAUUGAAGCUUUUCAGGAAAUGGGGUGGAAGGGUAAGGUUCGGGGGGAGAGGGGUAUGGGGGAGUGGUUUGGAGCUGCGCCGUUUGAGCAGCCUGUCUCGGGUGAUCCGGAGUUUUUGCGGGAUCGUUUCUUUCCUUGGUUGGAAGGGCGUAUGUCACGAGUCUUGCCGAACAGCCAUGGAGAGACGAUUGAUGAGUUGCAUGAUCGGGUGGCGAGGGCUUUCGAGGUGAUUGUCAGGGAGGUGGAUAGGGAGUAUGAGGAGAAGGGAAGCGCAGGAGAGGACGUUACAGUGCUGAUUUGUGGACAUGCGGCACCGAUAAUUGCAAGUGGGAGGAUUUUGACAGGGAGAAUGCCCAAGGACUCGUCGGAGGAGGAUUUCAAGUGCUUCACUUGUGGGCUGAGUCGCUUUGUUAGAAGGGGUAAAGCGACCGCAGAGUUGUCUGAUACAGAGGCGGCGCAAGAGGCAAUGGAGUGGAGGACCAACGGCGGAGUGGCUGGAGGCUGGGCCUGCACGAUGAACAGUAGCUGUGAGCAUCUCAGUCAAGGUGAGGAGAGAGGUUGGCAUUUUGUUGGGGAUGAGAGCUUUGAUUCUUAUGGACCGCCUCGAACCUUCGGCGGGGACAACAGUGAUUGCAAGAAGAUAGAGGAUACCAAUGAGAGUAGGACUGACAGUGCAAAGCUAUGA